AUGGCGAUCUGUACUUAUAACGUACGUACGCUUGCAUCGGAAGCGGCCACCGAAGAUCUGUUGAUGCAAGCCAAGAAGAUCAAGUACGACGUCAUCGGACUGACCGAGACGAGACGACGUCACCCUCUCAACGCCGUAUAUGAAACUGGAGAAGAACUGUUCUUAGGAACAUGCGACAGUAGAGGUGUUGGUGGAGUUGGCGUCCUCGUCAACACGAGUAUGGCAAAGAACAUCGACUCUUUCGAACAACUUACGACCCGAAUCGGACGUCUGCGGAUGAGAAGAUGUGGCCCAACACCAGCUUUGACUAUCUUCGUCGCUUACGCCCCAACAUCAAGCUACAAAGAAAAAAAAAUCGAAGCUUUCUAUAAGGACCUGGAAAAGUUCUACCGAGAAGAUCAUGCCUUUUGCAAGGUCAUAAUGGGCGAUUUCAACGCCAAAGUUGGCCCAAGAAGAACGCCGGAGAAACUUCACAUCGGGACCCACGGCCUACAAUGGAAUAACCAGGGGGAGAGGCUCUCCGAGUUCAUCAUGACGACUAAAACCAUCCAAGGGAACUCGCAAUUCCAGAAGCCCUCCUCUCUACGCUGGACGUGGGAGUCACCCGGUGGAGGGUACCGUAAUGAAAUAGACCACAUCAUCGUCAAUAAAAGGUUCUGCCUGAUGGAUGUCGCUGUUGUACCAAAGUUCUAUACGGGAUCGGACCAUCGCCUCCUCCGAGAAAGAUUUUCCUUCACAAGAAGAGCAGAGAAAGCCGCUAACUUCAGAGAGAGAAAUCCCAGGAAUAUCAUCAACUGGAAUUUCUUCGCUACGUUAGCCGGCUUUUGGGAAGAUUCCGCAAUGGACAACAUCGACGAGGAAUAUGACCGACUCGUUGAACACCUUCACGACUGCGCGAAGAAGGCUGAGAGUUUUAAAACGACCAAGAGACGCCUGCCUCUUGAAACUCUUGAGCUGAUACGCCAGCGUGGAGCAGCACGAGCCGCAGGGAACCAAGAACUCACGUCCGAGCUCGCAAGGCUUUGCCGAGAGGCGAUAAAGGAAGACCUUAAAGAGAGAAGAGCAGAAGUGCUGGCUGAAGCUGCAGAAGCGGGGAAAAGCAUCCGCUAUGCCCGUCGAGACUUCGCCAGUCGCAAGACAAGGAUGACUGCUCUUCGGAACCCGAGGGAAACAGCCAUUGCAUCGAGAAGGGGGAUGGAGAAAAUCAUCUACGACUUCUACUCUGAUCUCUUCGACAGCCAUGUCCACUUGCCUCCUCACCAUCUGAGGAAAGAUGGACAAGUCAUUCCAGAGGUUCUCCCGUCCGAAAUACGACAUGCUGUCAUGUCGGUAAGAAAUCGUACGGCACCCGGUCCCGACAGAAUAAGACCAGAACACCUGAAGAGCCUUCCGCCAGUACUCAUCAACACCCUGGCGAGGCUCUUUACACGUUACCUGUCGGAAUGCAAGGUUCCUAAACAGUGGAAGACCAGCAAGACCGUGUUGUUGUAUAAAAAGGGAGAUCCACAUGACAUCGGCAACUAUCGCCCAAUCUGCCUACUGUCCGUCAUCUACAAGCUCUUUACAAGAGUAAUCCUUAAUAGGAUUGAAAAAGUCUUGGAUGAAGGACAGCCAUGCGAGCAAGCAGGGUUUCGAAAAGGAUUCAGCACGAUUGACCACAUUCACACUGUUUCGAAACUCAUCGAGGUAUCACGAGAGUACAAGAUGCCGCUCUGUCUCACCUUCAUCGACUUAAAGAAGGCUUUCGACUCGCUUGAGACGGAAGCGGUCGUGGAAGCCUUGGACAACCAAGGCGUCCCUACUCAGUAUAUAAAGGUACUUCGAGAGUUGUACAAUAACUUCACGACCGGAAUUUCGCCAUUCUACAAGAACAUCAUAAUUGACGUGAAGAGGGGGGUCCGACAGGGUGAUACAAUCUUACCCAAAAUAUUCACAGCCACCCUCGAGAACGCAAUGCGAAAGUUGGAAUGGGACGACAUGGGAGUGAAGGUCGACGGUCGGCAACUACACCAUUUGCGGCUUGGGGACCAUUUGCGCUUCGCUGAUGACAACGUACUGGUAACACCUAGCAUCAGCCAAGCGGAACGAAUGCUGACCGAAUUCGACGAAACAUGUGGAUGCAUCGGUCUUCAGCUGAAUCUACAAAAGACGAUGUUCAUGCGGAACGGAUGGGUCUCGCAUGCCCCAUUCACGCUCAAUGGAACGAAUGAUAUCCGAAUGCACCAGCUAUGUUUAUCUGGGUCGGGAAUUGAACAUGAUGAACGACCUGACCCCCGAGCUGGGCAGGAGGAGACGAGCGGCUUGGGGAGCGUACAAGAGCAUCGAGGAUGUAGUGAAGAAGACCAGGAACACCCGGCUCCGUGCUCACCUCUUCAACACCACCGUACUUCCUGCUUUGACCUAUGCUUCGGAAACCUGGGCAUUUCGCAAGCAGGAAAAAAACGCGGUGAGCGUCAUUGA